CAGGUGACUCUUAUUUACAUCCACCAUGUUGGUUGGAUGAGAGGGAAGACGAUUGGAAGACGGUGUGUGUUUGUUUUGCUCUGGUCGUCGCCUUUCAUCUGCUGUUUGCAAACGGAGCCGAAGUGACAUCGCAGGUCACUUACGAAAGGGUUACAUUAAAGAAAUAAUCUCCACGAAAAGCUGCAAAGAAAAGAGCUGACAGCUGUUGAAAUCGCAAUUAAAACUUAUAAAAAAAAAAAAGAAAGAAAAGCCUAAGAAAAUGGCUUCCCAACGUUUUGAGAUAUGACGUGUCAUAAAAGAGAUUUAGAUAGAGAUAUAUAUAGGUAAAUAUAUAUAUGUUGUAAGAGUGGGGCCAAACAGACAAGUGUUUUGUCGUCGAUUAGAUCUCCUGUCUAUGACAAGUUGCCUUUGUGUCGUGUUUUUUAAACUGGUCAUUUGUGAUGCGAUAAUGUAUGAUUGCAAUCGGCCUCGCUGAGAGCAACAACCUCCCCCAGAGCUUAACUUACGACCAUAAACAAGGAGAAUCAGAGAGAGAAACAGAGACAACCGAUCAAAGAUGUGGGUACGGAUAGUGUUGCUCAUAAUUUACAUUGCCGUUCUGUUCGUCAUAGCUCGUCUUUUGGAGACGUUUGCUUGGUAUGAUGCCGGUCUGCUUGCUCACCGUUUGCUCGACCCAAUGACACUGUCCGUGAAGAAGCUGAAAGCACUUCUGGAGCAAAGAGGUGUCGGAUACGAAGGCAUCGUGGAGAAGAAAGAACUCACAGGUUUGGUAGAAGCCACAGGUGUUGUCACAGAUGAUGAAGUCCUGGAGGUUGGUGAAAUAGAGGAUACGGCUGAAGUGACAAAUUUCACAUCUGGUUAUGACUUCUAUGAACAAGUUGAAGAUACAAAAGACAGUGUUUGGCUCGUACAAGUAAUUGCCAGUGGUCACAAUAGCUCCUUUAUCAACAAUGCAAGUUGGAAAACUGUGCGGAAGAAAGUUGCCAAAUUUGGGGUCAGAGCUGGUGUGAUGGACUGUUCUCUUGACUGGAAGUUAUGCAGAAAUAAGGGUUGGUAUUCGUCCCAAGUCAUCUUAUCCCUCCCUGAGAACUUUAAAACUAAAGCCAAUGUUGUUAUGUAUGUUUACAAUGGACCUGCCAAACCUAGUUCCAUGUUCAAAUGGGUGAAGAAUAAACUGAAUCGAAAAGUGAAACAAAUUGCCGACUACGAUGAGUUGAAGCGAGAAUGGUUGUCUUUCCAAAAAAAAUAUGAAAUCCGAGUUGUCCUCUUCACGGAGUUGGCAUCCAUCCCGCUGAUAUUCUCGGCUCUCAGUGUUAAAUUUCCAGGUCGUGUACGUUUUGGGACUAUGAAUUCUAAAUCUGGAUCAGGAAAAGAAACUCUAGCUCGUCUGAAACUAAAGCCUCCUGCUUGCUUUGUGAUAGCCCCUGGCAAAACCCUUGUUUAUGGCUCACGGCCAGGUGAAUUGUUGACGUUUCGAUCAAUGGAAAAUUUUCUCAAGUCCUUAUAUCCUGAAGUGAAUGAUUUCUUUAUUUUAAGUUUGAUUGUUACCAAUUUAAUGGGUUGGUUUGAAUUGUUUCUCAGUCAAGGAAGUGCGUUUCGACGACUGCUCCGCCUUAUCUGCUGUUGUAUUAAAUACAAUAUUGUCCUUAUUAUCUUGUGGCAGCCUUUGCUGGCAUUCUUUCAGUUGUCUUAUUUUGAAAUACUUUUGGAAUGGGGUUUGCUGGCCUUGCAUUUCCUCAGCGGCUCGUCCAUUGGAAGCAUCAUUCGGAAAGAUCUCAUUUUUUACAGUAACAGCCGAUAUCUACUUUUAGGGACAUUUUUCUUGUAUUCUUUACUGGUUGGAUACAUCCAGUACAAACGGAAAAAUGGUAUGAUUGACGAAGAUGAAUUCGAUUGGUUCAACUUUGCUCAGCUGUUAAACUUUAACCCCUUGUUAAAUCCGUCUUUCCAAAUAGUACAUCCAGGGGGCUUGUACGCGAUGUAUCUGCUGGAAAGCAGUGACAUGUUAUUCGGACACUUUCCUGACUUAGUAGUCACUGAGAUGCAAUCUGUGGUCUCCAGUGACUACAUUAAACACCUACCUCGAUGGAAAUAUGGCAGAGUACUUAACCACAAUGACAAUUCAAAGCUAAAAUGUUUUCAUAAAGAUGAUGUUGAAAAUUUAAUUGCUACACCAAAUCAUGGAUUUUGCUCAGGUUCACCAGAUUUUGAAUCCGGGGAUGACCCUGCAAUUCAAAUGAUGGACGGAAAUUACUGCUGUGGUUGUAUGCAAAGGAAUGCAGCCUCCUCUGAAUCUUUUGUUUCAACUUCACCUCCACCAGAUCUGUCAGAAGAGCAGCAAUCUCAUAAAUCGAACGAUGAUGGCUGCUGUCCCUUACACAAAAGAAAACAUUCUUCUGCCUUGAGUGCAGAGGAAUGCAAACACAAUUCUCUCUGUUCUGCAUUCUCAAAGGCCAACGCUAGAGAAGCAAACCAUCUUGUCUGCUCUGAAAAUUACAAGUUGGUGCCUGAUGGUUUUCUACAGACAAGCCAAUGUGUGAUAUGUUUGGAAGAUUUUGUAAUUGGUGCGGACAUCUGUGGCCUUCCCUGUGCUCAUUUCUUUCAUGAAUGCUGUAUAUUACGUUGGUUGUAUAGAAUGAGUUAUGCAUGCCCCAUGUGUCGGUGGCUGUCUUAUAAUCCGAAACCGGGCUUGGACUUGUGUGAAAUUUUCUCUGCAGUUCCUAACUAAAUGUAACAACAAAUGCAGUUACCAUUUUUUUAUUAUUAUUAUUAUUCUAUUUGACUUUGGCGAAACAAAAGGACUUUGGUCGUAUAUUCUUAUUUUCUGUUAUUAUAAUAAUAAUAAUAAUAAUAAUAAUUAUUAUCAUCAUCAUUACUUUCAGGGUUUCUCCUUAGUCUUAGGAGUGGCUAAAUAACAGCGGCUUUUGAAUAACAACAACAACAACAACAACAAUAAUAAUAGAAUUCUUAUCAAGUAAGAGUAAGAAAACAAAAUUGUUCUCGUCUAAGUUUAGAGUUGGGAUUUAUCACCACUGCCUGUUUUCUCUUUCUUUCAUACAUCAAGAGUUAAGCUUCAAUAGCAUUCUUUCAGUAGGAACAGUCAUUUUGAUGGCACAGCCAACAGUUGUGUGCUUUCUCUGCAUUUCGACAGUAAGGCCUUUGAAAGCUUCAUUUCUUUAAAAUAGCCAUCAAACAUGGAGACCAACUAGACAUUACUGUCACUCUUCUUCUUCUCAUAAAUGAUAUUUGCUUUGCUACAAUUUAAACAUUUUGGUUUCCAAUUGUAGAACAUUCUGUUGUUCUUCAGCUUUAUAACAUUCCCAGUCAUUAGGUAUCUUUCCCCCCACACCCUCCCUGUCAGAAUAAAAGAGGUUCUCUCUAACUUCUAACACAAAGAAUUUAACAGUAAAUAUGUGGUUAAGAAUAUUAGAACCUUGUUUUAGUUUAGAAACAACAUACAACAGUUUAAAGCUUAUCUCAAAAAUGUAAUUUAGACAUAACAAGAUAUUUGUUCUCCCCUUUUUUUGAAAUGUUAUUUUGUUAAAUAUUAGACUUUCUUUAGGUAAAAACUGAAAUUAUGUAUAAAGAAUAUGAAUGCAUCUUUUUUUUUUUUUUUUUUUUUUUUUCUUAUUUAAGAUAGAUUAGUUAAUUAGCAACUGUUAAACUUUUACUUUUUUCAGAUUUAAACCGUUUGCCAUUUUGACCAAACCAGAAUGCUAUUGUGACCAGUCUUUAAUUUUGAUGUGAUAAAGAUGGAUAAUUUCUUUUAAAAAUGGAUUUUUAAAAUUAAUUUUGCAAAUGUCAAAGGAUGUUAUUGUUACAUUCCAAAGCUUAGUUACAGAAGGAUCUUAUCUCUUGCUUUCCCUCUUAAAAUAUCUCUUGUUGUGAAAGACAGUAUUCUUAUGAAGUGUCAGUGAAGCUGUAUCAACAAUUCAAUUGGUUUUAUUCUACUUCUCUGCCAUCAUCUUAUAAAGAGCAAGGAUAGCUCCACUUGAUAGGACAGCAGCAAGCUAACUGGGAGUUUAAGUUUGUGUUGCCACAGCAUUACAUUCUGUCUAUUGCAAAGACAUUUCAUUCACCCUGGCCACUGAACUCUGAGAAGUACUGCAGGAUAUAGACCACAGUUACAUUAUACUGUUGCUCCAAUAAGGUACUGCAUGAUGGUAUAACCAAACCACGCUCAAACCUCUACGCUAUAAAAUUGUUGAUUUGCAGUACUGAAUUCAAUUCCUCCCAUGAGAACAGUUAUUUGCAAAUAGACUGGAAUUUUAUCCAAGGAAAGAUUAUUUCUCUUUCAUUCACUUCAUGCCACAUCAUCUGGAGAUAAAAAACAUCAAACCCUGUAGAUCAUGUAUGUCUGAGAAAGGAUAGCAGUUACACUUAAUUAAGCAAACAAAAAUGUUUUAAAGAGUUGCGGCUAUCAAGGUGAUAGUUUAUUGACCUACCGUCCAAAAGUGUUGAUGUUUUAUAUCUUGUCACCAAUAUUCUAUUCUGUUCCUGGGAGGAAAAAUAAAAAAGUACUUGUCUAUCACUGGCUGAGUUUGUGAGUAUGUAAUUCACCAGUGUUAGCAUAGUAUAAUUCAUGAGUGUUUGGUUACCUUGCAGUGCUGAGGUCGACAAAACAUCUGAGAGUAAUGAAGUUAGUGUUCCAAUGUCCUCUUUCUUAAAUUGUGAUUCUGAUGAAGAUUAAGUUUACAAUAGUGCCCUCAUCACCCAACUGUUUUAUGUGAUAUUCCUGAAAAACGUCUGUGACUAUUAAAUAAAUAGUGGAUACAAUUAAGACUUGAGAAGAUAAUUUUUGAUGUCUCUUUAUGAGACUUUCUCACAAAUGCUAUACACCAUAAUAACUAGGGCCAAUUUUAUGGCCCCCUAUUACAGGGCAAUGAAUUAUUUAAUAUUGUAUCAUGUAACAUACCCUACCAUGGCUGCACUCCCUUUUCCAGUGGAUCAGGAAUUCUCAGUAUUGCAAACUCUGUAAAUAACAAUUCUAUCUUCUGGGCAGAGACAAGACAGAUAUUGACAGUUUCUUCUAUUUCAUAGCAUGGCUAGUGGUAUCACUACUAUUGCAAAUAAAAUAGUUUCUUAUGAAAGCAA